UCUCAUUUCCUUCGUUCCGCUCCCCCCCCCCUCUCUCUCUCUCGCUCUCUCUCUCAACUCAACCUUCAUUUUGUUCAUGCUCCACUUCCGAACAAAACCCUAAGAAUUCAACACAUACACACACACAGCGACGCGGUGAGCAACUCAGUUGUCAAUGGCAUGCGAAUCGUUGACUUGAAUCGGAGAGAGAGGAUCUGAGUCGUCGGCGACAUAAUUUAGAUUGUGUAUUGACUCGGUCUGAUGGGUGCUGCGGGCUCCAAACUCGAGAAGGCUCUCGGCGACCAGUUUCCGGAAGGCGAGCGAUAUUUCGGACUCGAGAAUUUCGGCAAUACUUGCUAUUGUAACAGCGUUUUGCAGGCACUUUAUUUUUGUGUUCCGUUUCGUGAGCAGUUGCUAGAAUAUUAUUCCAGCAACAAAAGUGCUGGGGAUGCAGAAGAAAAUCUGUUGACAUGCUUGGCGGAUUUGUUUACACAGAUAAGUUCACAAAAGAAGAAAACGGGUGUCAUUGCUCCAAAGCGUUUCGUACAAAGAUUGAAGAAACAAAAUGAGCUUUUCCGUAGCUAUAUGCACCAGGAUGCUCAUGAAUUCUUAAACUUUUUGUUAAAUGAACUUGUGGACAUACUGGAGAAAGAAGCCCAAGCUGCAAAAAGUGAUCAAGAAACUUCUUCACCUCCUGAAAAAAUGGGAAAUGGUCCGAAGAAUGUUCAGGCCAAUGGUACUCAUAAAGAUCCCUUAGUUACCUGGGUGCACAAAAAUUUUCAGGGUAUACUCACCAAUGAAACAAGGUGCUUACGGUGUGAGACAGUGACUGCAAGAGAUGAAACAUUUUUUGACUUGAGCCUGGAUAUUGAACAGAACAGUUCAAUAACGAGCUGUUUGAAAAACUUCAGUUCCACAGAGACAUUAAAUGCCGAGGACAAAUUUUUUUGCGACAAGUGCUGCAGCUUGCAAGAAGCGCAGAAGAGGAUGAAGAUAAAAAAGCCGCCUCACAUCCUUGUCAUCCAUCUUAAACGGUUUAAGUACAUCGAGCAGCUAGGCCGUUACAAGAAGCUAUCUUACCGGGUUGUAUUCCCGCUAGAGCUGAAGCUGAGUAACACAGUUGAGGAUGUAGAAUCUGAGUACUCUCUAUUUGCGGUGGUUGUCCAUGUUGGUAGUGGGCCAAACCAUGGACACUAUGUUAGCCUUGUGAAAAGCCAUAACCACUGGCUAUUUUUUGAUGACGAGAAUGUGGAGAUGAUUGAUGAGUCUGCUGUGCAAACUUUCUUUGGGUCGGCACAGGAGUAUUCGAGUAAUACAGAUCAUGGAUACAUCUUGUUCUAUGAGAGCCUCGGCACCAGUAACAAGAGUUAAGACAACGGCUCGGGAUUUAAGAUGGUUGGGUAUUUCUAAUCAUUUGGACCUUUUCGCUUCUGUUUUUUUGUUUACCAUCUCUCUUUUCUUCUUUUUCUUCCCUUUUCAACCUGUGGCCAGAGCUGUCGAGAUGAUGAUAUGGGUUGUGAAAAAUGUAUACUUAGGCGGUUCGCGUGUACAGCGGAUGGUGGAAGCACACCAUUCUUUUUUUCCUUUCUUUUUCUUUUUAACAAUAAGGAAAAGAGUAGUGUAUAUGGUGAGAAAUUUCAGACAGUAUUCGUCACGGUUGAGAACAUUAAACACUAGAAAUGCCAUGAAAUCGGAAUUUGCUCAUCGCCAUUUUCUCCUGGUGUACAUUUCUUCUUUUCCACGGGUU